AUGCAAGUCAACAGUGAAGAUGUCACUGUCGCCUGGGGGCAAGCUCCACACCCACUCGAUUCACAGUAUGGAAAAUGGCGUAUGGCAGUGUUCCAAGAUGUUCAAGAGUCGAUCGACGGAACCAAGCUCUACUUCCUCUACGAUCCACAAGCUGACGAGCAGAGUGGAACUAGUGGACGGCGUAAAGGAUACCCAGGACUUAUUAUUUUCGACCUCAAUUUUAAGUGUUUCGCUGGAGAGAUUUCAGUGCACAGUCCAGGAAAAAUGAAGUUCCUCUUCGCAUUGAAGUGCCCAUCACCACAGGGUGGAUCAGCGUUCGUUCUUGUCACCGAGGAAGAGGUUUACGGUCAAGUUCGUCUCAACGUGUCACGCGUCGAUCUUGCUCAAGAUGGACUUUCCAUCGCCAACGUUCGUCCGUUGAUUCCAUCCGCACUCACUAUCGGAGGAGAGUAUAUCUGUUCGAUGCGCGAGGAUCAGCCCGAGAUCGUUGUGAUGGCUAAUCCAGGUCUUCAGAUCUGGCGCAUCAACUGCAUGGCCGAGAGCGCCCAACCACCAGUUGCUCAGUUCUCAGUUCCUGGAGCCGAUCUCAAUCAUUUCUACGAUGGAUUCCUGAACAAUGGAAACAUCAUCUUCCUAUCUGCCACUCCAGACGGACACUUUGACAACACCCGUGUCCAUCUCCUCAACCUGAACAAUCCACAGCACAUCACCUCUCAGAACUGCUCAGGAGAUCCACAGCGGGGCAUGCCAAUUCCAAGAAAGCAGUGUGGAUUUGAUUCUGUCACCAAUGCCAUCUUGAUGGCUGGAGGAGAAGUCGACCGUGGACACGGAUAUGAGCGUCUCAUUGACUACUGGGUGCUCAACACUCAGACCUUCCAAUGGCUCCAGAUCCCAUCUCAGAUGCCAUGCCCAUUGAUCGAGCCGCGUCUUACCGCUUGUCACUCUGGAAACAUCUAUGUCUGGGGAGACUUUGAUCAACCUCUUCCAGGAAUGCCCGAGCACGGUACUCAUCUCCGUAUUCUUCGUGUCACCGGACUCGAGAAGGCUAGUCACCCACCAGCAUACUCUAGCUACAAUCCAGCUCCACCAGCCUAUCCAUCAUUGGAUGAGAAAUCGGGAGGAAACCCACCAUACCCAUCCAACCCAUCCAACCAAGGAUAUGGAGGAAACCAGGGAUACGGAGGACAAGGUGGCCAACAAGCUCCACCAUACCCAUCAUACAAUCCAAACCAGUCCAACUAUGGAAACGCUGGAUACCAGGGAGGACAAUCCAACGACCCAUAUGGGAAUGGAGGGUACAGUGGACAGCCGGGGUUUGACCCAAAUCAACAAGGAAGCUACACUCAGACUUCUGAUGGACAAAACGCCUACUAUCCAACUCAGAAGAAGAAGAAGAGCUGCAGCAUUCAAUAA